CAUACCUGAAACGUUGAAUUUCCUGUUCCUUGGAUGCUGCCUGACCUGCUGUGCUUUAACCAGCAAAACAUUUUCAACUGUGAUCUCCAGCAUCUGCAGACCUCACUUUUUUACCCCAUGUUUGUUUAUAUCAGAGAGAGGAAGUUGUAGCCUUGGGAGGAGGGUGAAGGCGGGGCCUCCUCGCCAAGGCAAUGCUUCAUUCUUGAGAGUGAGAGAGGGAGGGAGAGGCGAAGGAAUCUGUUGUCAGAUAUUUCGACCGUUCCUCUGUUUUUGAACGAUAUGUUAUUAAGAGUGAGUCCUUAAUCGGGUGUUUUUUUUUUCCCGGGGACAGGAGGGAGUGACCCUUGCCGCUCCAGGCUGCGCCAUCUUCCUCCCGGUGGAGUGCACCAUGGCCCCGCUUCGUGCCGCUGCUACCGCCGCCCUUUUAGUGAUCUUGGCUCUCGUUUCUAAAUGUGGCACAAUAGAUGUUGAAAUCAUCUAUGGAUUCUUGAAUCAUUCUAUAUCUCUCCCUUUGUCAAAACCAACUGGUGUAUCUGAAAUUGUGUUCAAGCUCAAUAACCACAAAGUAUUUGAAUGGGAAAACAUGGAGACAAAUUAUUUCGGCUCGUUUUCGCAGAAGUUAAAAUAUAUAAACGGAAGUGUUUUGAUACCGAGAUUACAGAAGGAGGAUACUGGAACUUACACAGUAGAUUUCAUAUUUUCUAAUGGAACGAUUAGGAAAGACCGAUUCUUCCUGAAAGUACUUGAACCGCUUGCAAUUCCAGAAGCGAUCUGCAUUAGAAAUGAUUCUGUUGUUACACUCAUGUGUGGUCUAAAUAACGAAGGUGCUGAUAUUACCAUUGAAUGGAAGUAUCAUGAUACUCCUGUGACCCCCAGUGAUGACUUUGUCUUAACUAAUGAAAACAAGUCUUUAACGAUAAGCAGCCCUCAUUCUUUUUCUGGGGUGUAUACUUGUAUUGCAAAACAACCAAAAGACAGCAGCCAGAGUGCUCCUUUGCUUUUGUCAAAAUGCCUUGAAACAGAAGGAAAUGGUCGUAAUCGUUAUGGGCUGAUAUUGUCCGUAUUGAGUUUGGUCGCUUUCACCUUGUUCCUUCUGAUCGAACAGAAAUGUAGGUAUCCAGUUCUCACUGCCAUAACCAAAGGUAAGAGCAAGACAGAAGACCGAGCACCACAUCAGGAAUAUAACAAAGUGCUGCAAGAAAAUCGAGGAGAGAUGUCAGCUGCAACUGCACCCACAAAAAGUAACAAUGAGUCAGAAGAGAGAGCAUCAGAUCUGCGAAAUUAUUGUGACGAGUCCUCGCAAGAAAAUCAAGAAGAGUUGACAGUUGAAAAUCCCUCCACACAAAGUGAACCUAAGAAUAUUGAUGAAAGCGCUGAGAAAGCUGUUGGAUCCUAAUGGUACAAUGUAUGUAACCGCUUCAGCUGAUACUGAAUAAGAUGGAGAAUGAAAGACUACGUCCACGGAAGAACAGUAACUGUCGGUGAUGCUGGAAUAUUUUGUUGCCAAGUGCUGGUAUAAGCCACUAUGAUGAGAUUAACAACUAAUUUGCAUCUACCAUCCUUAUCUGGUGAAAAAGAAAUGGGCUAAUUGUGUUGCUGUUGCCAAGAUGAUGGUCCAGCCGUUUUAUGGCAUUUACUAUUUGUGGACUUUUUUAUUAGGCCAAAAGAACUGGAACACUUUUCUUUGUCGGAUGUGUCUCUGGCAAGGUCGGCAUUUUAUUUGGUUAACUCUAAUUGCCAUCGAGUUUGCUUGGUUAUUAUAGAAGGCAGCAAGGAGUCAACUAUGUUGCUGUGGAUCUGAAGUUAAGUUGGCCAGAUUGAAUAUGUUUAGCAGAUAGGUGAACUAGAUGGGUUUUUUGUAAUAAUCAGUUAUAGUUUUGUGACCUCCAUAACUGAGAUUAGUUUUCGAUUCUAGAUUUUUUAAGUAUAGAAUUUGAACCCAUCUGAGCAUGAACAUGGUCUCUAGGUUACUAUUCUAUGUCAUUUGCCACCACGCCAUCGUCUUCCCUCAUUUUAAAAAAAAAAUGAAAUGGAAUUGCAUCAAACAAAUGAAUUCCCCAAAAUGUACAUCAUACAUACCGGAAAGUCUCAACUUCUUCAGUUUCUGGUUUAUGGUGAAUUAAUUUGUUGCAGCAGUGAUCAUGCUAAAGUUAUUUUAACCGGUCUGAGAAAGGAAUAAACGAUUAGAUCUGUGGAUCAGAAGAUACGAUGGAGAGAUUUUGACACUCAAAGCAACACUAACACAAGGUAGCACUUUCAGGUGGUGAUGGAAGAGAAUUCACAAGCUGAGUGUCAAACAUGGACAUUCAGGUCAUCUUCAGUUUGACAUUUGUGAAGACAAACUUCAACAGUCUUUAUUUAUCAUUCUACAAAAGAAGAAAAUUAUUUUGAAUUUUUUAGAGCAACAAUUAAACUAUGGCAAUCAGUGUCAUGAUUAUGUAUUAUAACCAACAGAUAUUUUCUUCCUAAAUGUUAAAUAUAUGUUUUUAUUAAAGUAAGACAUACAAAGCCAAAGAUGGAAGGCUAUAUAACAUCAGGAGCAGGCUGGAAUCUUGUGGCUAUGGAAUGUUGCAUCUGAAGAGUGUCAAGAGAACUUCAAACAGCAACACUUAAAAGGGAGGUGCAUUCACAAAGUGUCGGUUAUGAUCCAGACUGCAAACAUCGUCAUAUGCAGCACAGAAACAGACCUUUCAGUCCAACUAGUCCAUUUCAACCUGGUUUCCCAAAUUAAAAUAGUCCCACUUACUGGCAUUUAGUCCAUUUCAUGAGUUGAAGAAAGGCAGUUCUGGUUGAAAGACACAUUGCAAUUUAUUCUUCCAUGAGUACAAAAGAGAGGAUGUUCUAAAGAAGUUGUCAGCAAAACUUGUCUUGAAGGAAAGUGGACAAAUUACUUCAAUUAACUUCAGAACCAAGUAUCUUCAAUCAACUGUUCUACUGCUAAAGUCAGCGCCAUUGGAAUCCUCUACCUUAAUUGUUGCAGUAUUUCACACUCUUUGUAUGGACAGGCAAAGACUGAUACUCUUUGACUCGUGGACUCACCUCUAAGUUCUAACCUGUGCAUGUAUCAUAUUUCAAUAUCAUUUCCUGUAUCUUAUUAGUUAAUCAACUAACUCUUUAACUCAAGAACACAUUGUUAAUUUAGCUUCUUUGAAAACAUAGAUACAUUUGGGAAAUGCUGUGCACUAGAGGAGGGAUCCUUUCUAAAUUUAACCUCAUUCGUAGAGAUGUACAGCAUGGGAACAGACCAUUCUGUCGAACUCGUCCAUGCCGACCAGAUACCCGAACCUAAUCUAGUCCCAUUUGCCAGCACUCGGCCCAUAUCCCUCUAAACCCUUUUCAUAUACCCAUACAAAUGGCUUUUAAAUGUUGUAAUUGUACUAGCCUCCACCCUUCCUCUGGCAGCUCACUCCAUACAUGCACCAUCCUCUGUGUGAAACGUUGCUCGCUCCCCAACCCCGCCAACAGCAUCGAGUGGCGAAGGGCCCAUACUGUUCUUUUUUUUAAGGCAAGUGAUUUGAUACACUAGGCAAUUUUAUUUUUAAAUUUUUGGAAUUGAAUUUUAAACUACAAAAUAUUCCAUGAUGGGAAGAAUUGGAGAGUGUAAUUUUAAAUCUAUAUAUUUUUACUUUCUGACCUGGAAAUAUAUUACUGUUCCUUCAUUGUCGCUUGGUCAAACUGAGGGCAUUGUGGGUUCACAAUGAAGGCAGCUCACUACCACCUUCUCAAGCGUAACUAUGGAUGGCCAAUACAAACUAGCUUGCCAACAAUGCCCAUGUCCAAUGACUAAAUUUAAAAAAUGUUAAGAUGUUUAUUAAACCUAGCCAAAAUUGCAUUUUUUAAAAUUGACAUGUAAGUUAUUUUGUGAACGGGUUUUUAAAUAUUGCCCCAGUACUUGUCAUUGAUAGUGUUACAACUUGCAGAUAACAUGAGAAUAAAGUGACUUUUGCUGAAAUUAUGCGCAGAGGACCAUUGCAGAAUUACUUUUUGAAAUAUAAUAUUAACUUGCAGUUUGUUUUAAAUCCUAUUAUACUGCCUUCAUUUGAAGCAAGUUUAAUUAAUUCAUGGAAAUAUUGGUGUCACUGGCUAGGUCUGCAUUUAUUGUGCAUCCCGAACUGCCGAGACGACAAUUAAGAGUCAACCAUAUUACUGCAGACCUGGAGUUGCAUGUAGGACAGACCAGGUAGUGAUGUAGGUUCCCUUCCCUGAAAUAAGCCAAAUGGGUUUUUAACAACUAUCAACAGUGGUUACACAGAUGACAUCGGGCUGGCUUUUUAUUCUCAAUUUCUGUUGAAUUCAAAUUAUACCAUCUGCCAUUGUAGGAUUUGAAACUUGUGUCUCCAGGUCAUGAACCCAGGGUUCUGGAUUUUUAGUUCAGUGAGAUUGCUACAACGCCCACUUCCUAUCUAACCUUGGGUUUUCGACUUUGCUGUGAUGACAAACUCUAAACCAGUGCCACAACACACAGACAGGUUUGUAGCAGUUUUCUAGUUUGCAGAUGAGUUUUGAAACCUUUCUGAUGCUGGUUGCUGGCCUCUUCUAUUGAGAAAAAGCCAAAAGGCAGUGUGGAAACUGGACACAAAGGGAGAAUACUUCAUGUACCACUCUUAAGUAACUGGGUUUUUAGUCAAUCAAAAAUUAUGUCAAAAACAGAACACGAAAGUACUUGUUUUAAGAGAACCUAGUUUCAUAAGACUGAAACUGCAUAAGUACAGUGCUGACCAUUUUGUAGCCAAAAAUGACUGCAUUGAAGUAGUUGAAACCUAUAUUUGCCAAGCACCACUACUGAUGUUUUCUAUUUAAUUAUUUUUAAUAGCAUGCUUGCUUUCUGGAAAAAAUGCGAAUAUAUCUUUUUACUUUAUUGGUUAAGAAUAAAUAAAGUAAUAUGAAAGA